AUGUCAACUCCAUCGACGAGCUGCAAAAUUGAUAUUGGUCGUUUGGAAGGUAAAGAAAAUUGGUCUACAUGGCGCUGCAAAGUCCUGUUACUGCUAAGAGGCACGCCUGGCGGGUUAGACGCUAUAAGCGGAAACCUUAAGCCACCGACGUAUCCCGAAGCGGAUGGUACAUCUGCAGACCAGACUAUUGCAUUAAACAAAUAUCACAAAGCUCUACAAGACUACAACGAGAAAGAUAGUACCGCUAUGCUGAUGUUAUUGGCUAACAUGUCAGAUAACACACUACGUAAAGUAAUGCGAUUGACCAGUGCCAAACAAAUUUGGGACGAACUGCAUACUUUGUUCGAUGGUACAUCUGAAGAUAAAAGUUACAAUCUGUGCUACAGCUUCUUUAGUUAUAAAAAAGAUCCCCUACAUGACAUGUCCAUGCAUAUAUCUAAAUUAAAAAAUAUAUGGCAUGAAUUAAAGGUCGAGCUGCAAAAGGAUGAUUCUAAAUAUAAUCUUCCUGAGAUUUUACUCAUUUGCAAGAUAUUAGAAACAUUACCAGAUGAUAGCUACUUCCCCUUCAAGUCCAGUUGGAUGCUUAUGUCAAAAAAGGACCGUAACAUUGAAAAUGUAACAGCGCAAAUUUGUUGUUACGAGAGAUCUUUAAUGAACAAAGAAGAAGAAACGGAGACUCAAGCGCUUACAAUAUAG